AUGGCGUUCCCAUAUACCGUGACAGAACACGUUGUUGAUGGCCAAUACAUCCGGGAGUAUCCUAGAGCCACGACCACGCAGGAUGCUCCGCUGAAGCUGUGCGUCAAGCAAUACACUCCUAUCGACAACCCUCAUCCUAAGCCGGGUGAUGUGACAAUUAUCGCUGCACAUGGAACUGCAUUCGCAAAGGAGCUAUACGAACCUCUGUGGGAAGACCUCCAUGCCAGGAGCAAGAAAGACGGAUAUCGAAUCCGUGCAAUCUGGAUUGCUGAUAGCGCAAACCAGGGUGCCAGUGGUAUCCUCAACGAGAACCAUCUGGGCAAUGACCCAUCAUGGUUUGACCACAGUCGUGAUCUUCUCUUGAUGAUCAAUCGAUUUCGCGACCAGAUGCCCAGACCCAUCAUGGGUCUCGGGCACAGCGCUGGUGCAACUCAAAUGAUUUUCCUAUCCCUGAUUCAUCCUCGACUGUUCUCAUCACUGCUGCUUGUCGAGCCAUACUUCGUCGAGCGCACGCUACAAGGAAGCGGCCCGCUUCUCCUGCGCCUGACCAUCAACAAACGCGAUAUCUGGCCUUCAAGGGCGGUCGCAGUAGCAAAGUCACGCAAGGCCCUCCGGGCCUGGGAUCCUCGAGUGCUGGAUCGAUGGGCUCAGUUCGCAUACCGUGACCUACCGUCAACUGUCUACCCCCAAGAGGGAAUGGCACAGUCAUCCUCGUCAUCGUCGGACGCAGGGCCUGCUGUGACCUUGGCCACGACCAAGUAUCAAGAGGCAUUGAUGUACACGCGGGCCAAUCCUCGCCGAUACAGGGAGCUGGGUUUGCCAGACGAGCAGAACCAGAAACAUCCCCACGAAGAGCCUAGUCCACCGCAUGACCCGCUCCUCUUCCCCGACGUGCUGGGUGCACUUGCGCCAGAGCAAAACUCCUACCGACCAGAGCCUGUUCUGGCGGGGAGGCUGGUUCCACACCUUCGCCCAUCGGUGAUAUUGCUGAGUGGAGCAGAGAGUCCGCUGUGUAAACUUGGGGCCCACGAGCGAAUAGUUAAGAAAGUGGGAACCGAGUUUGGGGGGAGUGGUGGAAUGGAGUAUGGCCGAGUGAGGCAUCAGCUGAUUCCAAACGCUGCACAUACUCUGCCAUUUGAAAAGAUCACAGCCACGGCGGAGGCUCUCGGACCGUGGAUCCAGCAAGAAGUCAAGCGGUGGGAGGAGGAUGAGCAGCGCAUUGCACAAGACUGGAAAGAAUUACCAGCGAGAGAAAAAUCCAUGUAUUCAGACGAGUGGAAGGAAAGCAUCUCGUCGAGGGUCAACCAGAUGCUUCAGAGACGAUCAAAGUUGUAG